GUAUGAGUUAGUCAGCUAGUCAAGUUAUUAAGUGACUUUUCCUGCUUCUCUAUCUUAUCCUUGCAAAUACUUCAUUUCUUAGCAUUUCAGGAGGGUGCAGCUUCUUGCAGUUCAGCUUCUGAGAGUUUAACUGAUUUAUCUUCCUGUGCAAACAAGAGAAAUAUUGAUUGCUGUGUUUCUGGAGAAAAUCUCAAGAUCUGGGCUACUGUGGAGAAUUUUCAGUGAGAUUCAUCCAUAACUUGAGACAUGGUGAAUGAAUACAAGAAAAUCCUUCUACUGAAAGGAUUGAAACACAUCGAUGAUUUCCAUUUCAGCAUGAUUAAGUCUUUACUGGCCCCUGAUUUAAAACUGACUACAAAAACUCAACAAAAAUAUGACAGAAUUAAGAUUGCUGACUUGAUGGAGGUCAAGUUCCAAGGGGCUGCCUGUGUUGACAAACUAGUAGAGUUACUCCAAGACAUAGAAAUAUAUAAAGACCUUGCUAAAACUCUUAAAAACGAGACAUUAAAAGUUGCACAGAAAAUGAGACCGGAAGCAAUACCUCCACAGGAAAGGAGAUUUCAGGAAAAAGCAGGUCCUGCAACACCCACAUCCUCCACAAACAGUGCUCUGAGAGCUGAAAAGCCAGCGAAGGCUCCUGUGGCUCAGAAAAGAAAAACGACGGUGAAAGAGAAGACUGGCACCAAAAGGGGUAAGGUGUGCCGGGAGCACGCUGAGCCUCCCUGCCCUUCAGAAGCCGGCACGUCCACCCUCAGGGGCCCCCCUCCACCUCCCCGGACCUCAUCGUCAGCUCGGUCCUCCACCUCCUUAACUGAGAGCCAGAUAACGCCAACCCAACGUCAGGUAGCUGCCAGAGGAAAAAUUCUUCAAAAGGACCCAUUGACCGUCAUGGUACUGAAAACGACAGAGCCGUUCAACUAUGAGUCCCCAGAAAGGGGGAAAAGCACGAUGUUUCACGCCACAGUGGUGACGUCGACUCAGUUUUUCCAAGUGAAGGUCUUAAACAGCGACCUGAAGGAGAAAUUCACAAAAAGGAAGGUCAUUAUCAUAUCAUGUUACUUUGAAUGCAAAGGAAUCCUGGAGAUAAACGAAGCGUCGUCUGUGUCUGAAGCUGGUGCUGAUGAGCAGGUUGAGGUCCCAAACAGGAUCGUCAAAAGAGCAAAUGAAACGCCCAAGAUUGAUAAUCUUUACAAGCAAGCCUCAGGAACACUUGUGUAUGGGUUGUUUAGGCUACAUAAGAAAAGAGUGAAUGUGAAGAACACAAUCUAUGAAAUACGGGAUAAUACAGGAAAGAUGGAUGUAGUGGGGAAAGGAAAAUGGCACAAUAUCGGGUGUAAGGAAGGAGAUAAACUUCGACUCUUCUGCUUUCAGCUGAGAACCAUCGACCAGAAGCUUAAACUGACAUGUGGAAAUCACAGUUUCAUUCAGGUCAUCAAGACUAGAAAAGCAAAAAUAAAUCAAGCAGCUUUAAUUUAGAUCUGGAAGUUGAAGUAAAGAACUGUUCCCUCCAAAUUAAUUCUGUGGCUUUUAAUAGUGAUGUGGUCAAAGCUGAGACUCUCAAUUAAACAAUAAACUCAAAAGAAAGAGCCCAGCAUGUGAAGAAUUUUUUUAAGUAUGUGAGUUGUGGAUUAUGUAACUUUCUUUUAUAAAAUUACCUUACGAUAUUUCUCUGUAUUUUCUAAGAAUACUAUGUCUUGUACCUAAAAUGUUCAUAAUGUAAAAAAAUAAAAUUUUCUUUUUUAAAGGA